ACACCUAGUACAAGCCAGCGAUGUGAAAAUGCAAUCUUACCAUCUUUUCCCAAUUUUAAUUACUGGUUUUUGGUGGUUAAAAAAAAUAAAUUUCCAGUUGUCCUCUCUGUAAAAAAUCGUUAAAGUUAAUGGCGGUGCUCUGUUUCUUCUACACUAGAAGAGAAACUCGUUCAAUCGCACCGCUCCACUCCCAGCGCACGUUAGCACGCCUACCCGCUUUUCCUUCUCCUUUAUACGUACUGAUUAAGCUGCUGUUUCUAGAAUAAGUUUGUUAUUUUUUCACUCUAGAUCUGAGAGUUUUUCGUUUCUCUUCACUGAGAGAAGCGAAAAGUAAACAACUCUGUUGAUUUAACCUUGUGGACGAUCGAAACAUAACAGUUAGCACUAGCAAUCAAGGUAAGCUGGCUGCAUUUUUUUGGCAUGCGGGGACAUCGAACGGGAGAGUUCUCUAUGUACAAGAGAAUGUCAUCUAGAGAUUUCACUGUUGCUGCUGAUGUAGAGGAUAAUUCUGUUGUUUCACAGAGCAUUCCGGAUCAAGAAAUUACAAAUCCUUCAUGGAGGUUGUCAUUUCCACAUGUACUAGCCGCAACCAUAUCAGCCUUCCUAUUUGGCUAUCAUCUUGGUGUGGUAAAUGAACCACUGGAGAGCAUUUCUUUGGAUCUUGGAUUCAAUGGAAACACCUUGGCAGAAGGUCUUGUGGUUAGCACAUGUCUGGGUGGUGCGUUGAUCGGAUCUUUAUUCAGUGGUUGGAUUGCCGACGGGAUUGGCCGUCGUAGGGCUUUUCAGUUGUGUGCUUUGCCCAUGAUUGUUGGCGCUUCUAUAAGCGCAACAACCAAAACUUUGGCUGGUAUGCUUUUAGGAAGAUUGCUGGUGGGAACUGGAAUGGGCCUUGGUCCCCCUGUUGCAUCUCUCUAUGUGACAGAGGUUUCUCCAUCCUUUGUGAGGGGAACUUAUGGAAGUUUCAUCCAGAUUGCAACAUGUCUUGGACUUAUGGCAGCUUUGUUUAUUGGAAUCCCUGUCAGAGAAAUAGCAGGCUGGUGGCGCAUAUGUUUUUGGGUUUCUACAGUUCCUGCUGGAAUACUUGCUCUUUCCAUGAUGUUUUGUGCAGAGAGUCCACAUUGGCUGUACAAGCAAGGAAGAACUGCUGAAGCUGAAGCUGAGUUUGAGAGGCUUUUAGGUGGAGCACAUGUCAAAUUUGCAAUGCAAGAGUUAUCCAAAUUAGACAGAGGGGAUGAUUCAGAUGUUGUGCAUUUCUCAGAAUUGCUUUAUGGUCGAUGUUUUAGAGUUGUUUUUAUUGGGUCAACCCUAUUUGCUUUACAACAGCUAUCUGGCAUAAACGCUAUAUUUUAUUUCUCUUCAACUGUGUUUAAAAAUGCGGGAGUUCCAUCAGACCUAGCGAAUGUCUUUGUUGGAAUAGCAAAUUUAUCAGGAUCUGUUAUUGCAAUGGUUUUGAUGGAUAAAAUGGGAAGGAAGGUGCUGCUUCUGUGGAGUUUCUCUGGAAUGGCAGUAUCCAUGGGCCUUCAAGUUGUUGCAGCAAGCUCUAAUAUGUUGGGCUCUGGAACUUUGUACCUAUCUGUUGGUGGCAUGCUAAUGUUUGUCUUCACUUUUGCUAUCGGAGCUGGUCCAGUUCCAGGCCUCCUCCUACCAGAAAUCUUCCCCAGUCGAAUCAGAGCAAAAGCUAUGGCAGUCUGCAUGUCUGUGCACUGGGUAAUAAAUUUCUUUGUUGGCUUGCUGUUCUUGCGUUUGCUGGAGCAACUCGGACCACGGCUCUUGUACACUAUCUUUGGUACAUUUUGCUUGAUGGCAGUGGUUUUUGUGAAGAGGAAUGUCACGGAAACCAAAGGAAAAUCACUCCAAGAAAUUGAGAUAGCCCUGCUUCCCCCUGAAUGAGAUCGGAUCUCUUCUGAUAACGCCACCAGGAGAAUUUUCCAUGGUUGAGUGAAGCCGCUGCUUAGAAGUUUCUAAGGUACGCCUACCUCGGUUGGGUGAUUGUAUAAUGAGAGCUAAACAAUACUACAGGGAGGGAGGGAGAGGGUAAUAAUAAUAAAAAUCCUACCUUCCAUCAGUAGCUUUUAGCAUUGACGUCCAUGCAUCUUGGAGCGUUUACGCAUACAGGGGACCGUGAAGUUUCUGUCGGCAACUCCGUCGACCAUGAAAGCUCUCAUGUAAAGCUCUACUGGUGUGGGUUUAUGGUACCCCACCCUUCAAAAAAGACAACAUGCAUAAACUAGGGACUUGGUUCUUCGCAAAAUUAUGAGCGCAUAAAUAUGUAUGGUAAAUUUAUUAUCUUUUUGAAGUUAAAAUUGACUAUUCGUGUUUUAAUCAUAUCAAAAGAUGAAGAUUGUGCACUAA